GUCUUCAAGAUGGAGGGGCUCAUAUAUCGUAUAUAUAUUUUUGCUACAGCAGUUCAUUGCUAUAUGCUUCUUGUUGUGGCUCAAAUAACCGACCCCUCUGAAGAAAGAGAUCCCUGCCUCCACCAUGUGUUAUAUUUGGGAGUUUUGGUACCUCAAAGGGCAGAUUCUGUCUGGGAAAAUUAUUUUGCAACUAUUAUUGUUCCUUUCAACCUGCCUUUGCUCUGACUUUUAGCCUCUGGCAUCCAAAUUUUCUUUUGGAGCUUCACAAGUAAUACUCCAAAUCAAAGUACUUUCUUUAGGAUGAAAGAACUCAUGAUAUUGGUAUCACAUUGCUUCAUUCAUUUGCUUGUAUGACCCGUCAUAUUUAAAUUCUUACCAGUAGUUCAAUUCAUACUUGAGAAUUAGAUAUCCACUUUCUCGUAUUAGUCCCUGUCUCCCUGAUAUAAAGAUGGUCGGCCAUAUCUUGAUAUAGAUAACACAUUGAUUGUGCUACACUACUAGUUUCUUGUUCUGUUUUUGUGAUGCCUGUUGUGUUUGGGUUGAUUGAUUGGCGUAUUAUUCUGUGGUAGUCUUGUUUCUGAUACUCUUUCUUGUUAUUUUACUACUUGUAGUUUCUUGUACAAGUUUAUUGUGUCCUCUUCUACACUUUUGUUGUCUUGAGUAGUGGGUCUAUCAGAAACAAGAUCUCUAUCUCAUCUCUUUGGUAGAAGUACGGAUUGCGUACACUUCCUUACCAAACUCCAGUUUGAGGUCUAGCUAACACAUUGAUCGUGCUACACUAGUAGUUUCUAGUUCUGUUUUGGUCAUGCCUAUUGUGUUUUGGUAUAUUGAUUGGCGUAUUGUUUUGUGGUUGUCUUGUUUCUGAUACUAUCUGUUGUUUUGGUACUACUUGUUGUUUCUAGUACUUCUAUUACAUCCUCUUCUGCACUGUUGUUGCCUUGAGCCAGGGGUCUAUCACAAACUACCUCUCUCCUCAUCUUUGAGGUAGAAGUACAGACUGCAUACACUCUACCCUCCCCAAACCCUACUUUGAGGUAUAGCUAACACAUUGAUCGUGCUAUACUGGUAGUUUCUUGUUCUGUUUGGGUGAUGCCUAUUGUGUUUGGGUAGAUUGAUUGACGUAUUAUUCUGUGGUAGUCUUGUUUUUGAUACUAUUUUGUUUUGCUUGUAUUUGUAUCACGUCCUUUUCUACACUGUUGUUGUCUUGAGCCGGGGGUCUAUCGGAAACAGCCUCUCUACCUCACCUCUGCGGUAGAAGUACAGACUGUGUACACUCUACCCUCCUCAGAACCCACUUUGGUGGGAAUACACUGGUUUCAGCUCUAAUAUCCGUUAAAGAUAGUUUGAUUGAUAGUCUGAAGCAACUGAAGGAUUGGAAACAGGGUGAUCCCUGUACUUCAAACUGGACAGGAGUUUUCUGCUACAACACUUUUGGUGAUGAUGGAUACUUGCAUGUCAGGGAACUGUAGCCGUUUCAUGAAUAAGAAUCUCUCUGGAAGUUUAGCUCCUGAGCUAGGAAAACUAUCCCAGCUUCGAAUUUUAAAUUUCAUGUGGAAUAAUUUGACCGGGAGAAUACCAAAAGAGAUUGGAAGCAUCACAGAUUUGAGACUUCUGCUUUUGAAUGGAAACCAAUUGUCAGGAUCUUUAGCGGAUGAACUCGGAUAUCUAUCAAAUCUCAACAGAUUCCAGAUAGACCAGAAUCAGAUAUCGGGAGAAAUUCCAAAAUCGUUUUCUAAUUUAAAUAGGAUAAGACAUAUCCACUUCAAUAACAAUUCACUAAGUGGUCAAAUUCCACACGAGCUUUCCAACUUGUCCGCUAUUCUUCACUUGCUUCUGGAUAAUAACAAUCUAUCUGGCUACCUUCCUCCUGAGUUUUCUGCAUUUCCAGAUCUGGAAAUACUCCAACUUGACAAUAACAAUUUCAGUGGAUCUGAGAUUCCAGCUUCUUAUGGAAACCUUUCAUCGUUGUUGAAAUUAAGUUUCAGAAAUUGCUCUUUGCAAGGAUCCAUUCCUGAUUUUAGCAGAAUAGGAAACCUAAGCUAUCUUGAUCUCAGCUGGAAUCAACUUUCUGGAUCUAUACCACCGAAUAAGCUUUCCAACAAUAUGACAACUAUUAUUCUAUCGCAUAACCGUCUUAAUGGAUCUGUUCCCAAGAGCUUUUCUCUCCUUCCUUCCCUGCAGAAACUGUCAGCUGCGAACAACUUUCUGAAUGGUUCCAUUUCCACCAACAUUUGGCAAAACAAGACCUUUACUACUACUUCCAGACUUGUGAUUGAUCUGCAGAAUAAUUCAAUUUCAAACAUUUCGGGUGCUUUUGAACCUCCUGUAAAUGUCACACUAAGGUUCCAAGGGAAUCCAAUCUGCAGUGAUACAAGUAUCACAAACAUUGAAAAAUACUGUGGCCCUGACAAUGGAGCAGAUGAUGAGCCUAGUAAUUUAACAAAUCCAAGUGAUAUUUGUCCUAUUCAAGCAUGUCCUACUGACAACUAUUUUGAAUUUGUUCCUGCAUUACCUGAACUAUGCUUUUGUGCCUCCCCACUCAGAAUUGGAUACAGGUUGAAAAGUCCUAGCAUAUCUUAUUUUGAUCCGUACAGGCAGCUAUUCGAGUCAUAUGUGACGAGUUCCCUUGACUUGGACCUCUACCAAUUGUGGGUCGAAUCAUAUUUUUGGGAAAAAGGACCUCGUCUGAGGAUGCAUUUGAAGCUUUUCCCGGUAGUUGGGGUCAGUACAUUUAAUCAAAGUGAGAUUCUUCGUAUUAGUGAGAUUUUUGCCUCGUGGGACUUCCCACGAAGUGACCUAUUUGGACCAUAUGAGCUCCUGAACUUCACACUGCUCGGACCUUAUUCAUACUUGAAUCCUGAAAUCCAACAUAAAAAGGAAAGCAAAGGUGUUCUGAUAGCUUGCAUUGUAGCAGCAGGUGCUUUUGCUGCCUUUGUUUCCACAAUUGCCACUAUAUUAAUCACAAGACGACAUGCUAAGUAUCAAAGCAUCUUUUCAAGAAAACGUUUGUCUUCAAGCCUCUCUAUAAAAGUAGAUGGUGUUAAAAGUUUCACCUUCAGAGAAAUGGCCUCAGCCACCAAUAACUUUGAUACCUCGACUCAAGUUGGUGAAGGCGGAUAUGGUUCUGUUUUUAGGGGAAUUUUAGCUGACAAAACAAUUGUUGCAAUCAAGCGAGCAAAAGAAGGAUCCCUGCAGGGGCAAAACGAAUUCUUGACCGAAAUAGAACUAUUAUCAAGGUUACAUCACCGUAAUCUAGUUGUGUUGCUUGGGUACUGUGACGAGGAAGGAGAGCAGAUGCUGGUUUAUGAGUUCAUGCCCAAUGGAACUUUGCGAGACUGGCUUUCUGCUAAAACUAAGCAAAAUUUGAAGUUUGGAGCAAGGUUGGGGAUCGCACUGGGUGCAUCUAAAGGCAUCCUUUACCUCCAUACUGAAGCUGAUCCACCCAUAUUCCACAGGGAUGUCAAAGCCAGCAAUAUUCUUUUGGACUCUAAACUCACUGCCAAAGUUGCUGAUUUUGGAUUGUCUCGGCUUGCACCUGUCCAGGAUGAUGAUGGUGUUCUGCCAAAUCAUGUGUCAACAAUCGUGAAGGGGACACCUGGUUACCUUGAUCCUGAAUAUUUCUUGACCCGUAAAAUGACAGACAAAAGUGAUGUCUACAGCCUUGGUGUUGUAUUUCUGGAGAUCUUAACCGGCAUGCAUCCUAUCUCACAUGGAAAAAACAUUGUCCGUGAGGUCAAUAUGGCUUGUAAAUCGGGAAUAAUGUUCUCCAUUUUGGACAACAGCAUGGGAUCUUACCCCUCUGAAUGUGCAGAGAAGUUCGUGGCGUUGGCCCUGAGCUGUUGCCAGGACAAACCAGAAGACAGACCCUCGAUGCUGGAGGUGGUUAGGACGCUGGAAACCAUACUCCGCAUGAUUCCCUAUACUGAUGCCGAUCCUUUGGAUAAUAAAGCUAGUUUCACUGAAACUACGUCAUCAUCUUCAUAUUCUAAUACUAGAAGCGGAGACCUAUUUGCAUCAUCAUCCAAUGUAUCGGGUGGUGAUCUUAUUAGUGGUGUUACUCUUACUAUUACACCUCGUUAACAUUAAUUAGCUUGUCUUUUGACUACAUAAACUUUAGCUUGUAGACACUGGUGCUAUGACUAGUAAGAAGGCAAUACGACUUUGUGUUUUAUGUUUGUUGUU